GCUUACUUGGGUUUGAGCUUGUGGGAGAUAAGAACGAAUCAUAGUGACACACUAUAGCGACUUCUGAUUUCCACGACUGGGCGUAUCAUGCCGUCAUUCUCGAUCAACAUCACUGCGCAUCUAUGUGGUUCCGAGGAGGCUGAUGCUAAAGUUAUCUAUAGCCAUUAUAUAAUGUAGGUGGCUAGUACCCGCACCGUCUUACUACAUACCCAACUUGAAGGUAUCAUUUUCGCCAUGGCUUCAACAGACACUGGCAUGCCGCUGGAUGCCGCUGCCAUCAUGUCAACAGUUUUGGAAGGGAUCUUAUAUGGCUUUUCAGUUCUCAUGUUUAUGGGUACAAUCUGGACAUUCACCUAUAAAAAACGCAUAAGGGACGUCAAUCGGCCAAUCGCUGUGGUUGCUGUCCUUCUGUUUUUACUGAGUACUAUGCACAUGGUCAUAGACAUUAUUCGGGUCGAGGAUGGCUUGGUGAAGUAUCGUAACACUUUCCCAGGCGGUCCAGCGGCAUUCUUCGCAGACUAUACCCAAGAGACGUAUGUGGUCAAGACUGCGGUGAUUCUCAUGCAAACUCUGCUUGCCGACGGAGGUAGUGGUAGGGUCUAUCGGUGUUACGUCGUUUGGCAAUCUGUCUGGGUUGCCAUCCUACCAUGCAUGAUGUGGUGUGCAAUUGCAGUGUGUGGGAGUUAUAUGGUCUAUGAUCUUUCACUGGCUAGUGAUGCCGAAAGUGUCUUCACUAACCAGACUGGACGUUGGGUGGCGGUGUUCAUUGUCUUUACUUUUGCAACCAAUUUGGUUAGUUCAGGAUUGCUGGCAUACCGCAUAUGGACGAUCGAACGCAGUGUCUCUACAAUUCGUACCAGGAGGGGUAUAAGGCCUAUUGUGCGCGUGCUUGUGGAUGCUGCUGUUUUAUACUCUGCGACCACCUUCUCCGCGAUAAUAUGUUUUGCCCUUUCGAACAAUGGCACAUAUGUCAUAGGAGACUUGAUCAAUCCGAUCAUCUCGAUUGCCUUCUACAUGGUGUUUAUUCGCAUCGCAAUCAAUAAAGAUACUCAAAAAUUCCUUUCGGCUGUUCCUGGGACAGUUGAAACAGACCGAGAAACCCCGCUGCAUUAUCCUAUGCAGACUUUGCAGAUUGUAUGCAGGGAGAAUGAAACAUCCUCCUGGCUAAAAUAACGAUUCAUACAUUCAGCCUGAUACAAACCCCUUCCGUACUCUCUUGUUUCGGAUGGUGGCUGCGCGUCACUCUAGGCCUCAUGGGGAACACCAGAAUAUCUGAUUGUGUUAUCAACUUGCAGUCUGACUGCUUUUGGCCAGUCAUGGAAGGUCUGAUGCCACGGAAAUUGGCUCAGAGCUCUCGAUCAGCAGUGUGCUGCUUCGGAGCACCGUGUCACGUCCGCCCAUGUACUACAGAUCCCAUCCAUGUCCAUGUCGCGUCAAGCCUCCGAGUCAAUU